UCACCCACAGACUCAGGAGGCCACUACUGGUAGGCAGUAACACAAACCAGGCAGACGGGCUCGGAUCAUCUCGCGACAAAACCCCCCGCUGUCUCCAGACCCGUGACCGCCGCCGUCUCGAAGCUCCCGCCCGUGCUCGAGGUAGUAGGGUUUCUUCCAGCCAUGGCCUGGAGAGCCGCCGCCGUCUCCAGGUUCGCCGCCGCUGCCUCCCCGGCCAAGGCGCCCCUUCCCGCCGGGCUCGGCGCCGCUGUCGCCGUUUCCUCCAUAUCAUUCACCGGGCGACGCCACCACCUGGGCCCCGUCGCCGCGUCCCUCUCCACCUCCGCCACCGUUAUCAAGGAGGCUGUUCAGACAGAGAAGGCACCAGCAGCACUAGGACCUUAUUCUCAGGCCAUCAAAGCAAACAAUCUUGUGUUUGUGUCUGGAGUUCUUGGCCUAAAUCCUGUGACUGGGAAGUUUGUUUCUGAAAGCGUUGAGGAGCAAACUGAGCAGGUUAUGAAGAACAUGGGCGAAAUACUGAAAACAAGUGGUGCUAGCUACUCUUCAGUUGUGAAGACGACAAUCAUGUUGGCUGAUCUAGCGGACUUCAAGAAAGUGAAUGAAAUUUAUGCCAAAUAUUUUCCAGCCCCUGCGCCUGCACGCUCAACAUACCAAGUGGCGGCUCUGCCAUUGAAUGCCAGAAUUGAGAUCGAGUGCAUUGCUGCUCUCUAGUUUGAUUGAGUGCGAGCUAUCAAUAAGCAUUUCAACCGUGUCAAUGUAGUUGUUCACUGUCCUGGAAUGCACUACCCUUAGGAAUUCAUAGUAGGAAGUGUCACUCCGAUGAGGUCGUGUCCCGAUUAAGGUCUUGAACUUCCUGUAAUAAAGCAUGGCGUCCAGGAUAGCUGGCAUGUGUUAAGUUUCAGCAAAGGGUUAUUGGAUGGUUGUUACUUUGGAUUUUGCUUUUAAACAGAUCACCAUGGUAUCUUAGCAUGAUUUAAACAGAA